AUGCUUAACCUUAUUUUAUAAUACCUACAAUGCUGCUCCCUAUUUAGAUAAGUUGAUUCUAACCUUAAAUUCUUGCAUGAAAUAAAAAAUAAUCGGUUAGAGUAACAUUUUUCAUUUUAAAUACUUAGAACUCACAAAAGUUUCCAUUAAUCUAUUGCAUUAACAUCAAGAGUGCGUAUUGUAUAAAAAUGCCGACUAUUAAUGUUAAGCGUGACUUAUUGUUUAAAACUCUUGGUAAAACAUAUUACAACAGAGAAACAAAUGAUAAUAAACGAGCAAAAUUUAAAUUAUAGCACAGAAAUAUCAGAAGAAGUUAUAUAUAAAAUUGAUAUACCUGCAAAUAGAUAUGAUUUACUAUGUUUGGAAGGUUUAGCUCCAGCACUUCUUAUAUUUUUAAAUCAUGUAUGAAAGUCAGAGGGCAUAUUGUUGCGGCUGUUUUACGUGAUAUUACAUUUACAAAGGAUUCUUAUAAUAGCUUCAUUGACCUUCAAGAAAAAUUGCAUCAAAAUAUAGGCAGAAAAAGAACCUUAAUAUCAAUUGGAACUCAUGAUCUAGAUACUGUUAAAGGUCCAUUUUUAUAUGAUGCAAGACCACCAACUAAUAUUUAUUUUAAACCACUUAAUCAAGAUAAAGAAUACACAGCGGAAGAAAUUAUGAAUUUAUAUAAUAACCACACACAAUUAAAGCAAUAUUUGCAUAUUAUAAAGGACAGUCCAGUUUAUCCUAUAGUAGAAGACAGUAAUGGAGUUGUUUUAUCUCUACCACCUAUUAUUAAUGGAAAUCAUUCAAAAAUUACACUCAGUACUAAAAAUAUAUUAAUUGAAUGUACUGCAACAGAUUUAACAAAGGCAAAAAUAGCAUUGGAUACUAUAGUUUGUGCUUUUAGUCAAUAUUGUAAAAUAAAAUAUACAAUAGAAAUGGUGGAAAUCGUGUAUCCUGAUAAACAAGUAUUUCAUUAUCCAGAUUUGAAAUAUCGAAUUGAGGAAAUUGAUUGUGAAAAAGCAACAAAAUACAUUGGUAUAAAACAAACUGCAAAAGAGGUAGCUAAUUUACUUUCUAGAAUGUCUUUGAAAACAUCUGUUAGAGACAAUAACAAAUUGAACAUUGAGGUGCCUCCCACAAGACAUGAUGUAAUACAUACGUGUGAUAUUUAUGAAGAUAUUGCUAUAGCAUAUGGAUAUAAUAAAAUUCAGAAAACUAUACCAUAUUUAUCGACUAUCGCAGAAGAGAUUGCACGUACUACUUUAAUACCAGGAUUAUUGAAAACUUUAGCUGCAAAUAAAAAGAUGCCACUUCCCCAUAAAUUAUUCGAAGUUUCUGAUAUUAUAUUAAAAGAUGACAACGUGGAAGUUGGUGCGCGUAAUAAUCGACAUUUAUGUGCGAUAUAUUGUAAUACAUUUGAUGGUUUUGAAAUAAUCCAUGGCUUAUUGGAUAGAAUGUUACAAAUAUUAGAAAUACCUUGGAGUAGCAAUAAAAAUAAAAAUGGAUAUUAUCUUCGUGCUGUAGAUGAUCCUACUUUCUUUCCUCAUCGUUGUGCGGAAAUAUUAUGUUAUGGCAAAGUGAUUGGAAAGAUGGGAAUUUUACAUCCAGAUGUAGUUUCAAGAUUUGAACUAAAUACACCUUGUUCUGUGUUAGAAAUGAACAUCGAAUGCUUUUUAUAACAUUUAUUAUAAUACUUAUUGUUGACAAUAUAUUGAAAUAAAUCAUACAUUUUUCCUAUUAUUAUUUUAUUAUUAAAUAACCAACUUAAAAGUGUAAAUGAUAUGGCAAAUAUAAGCAUUAAAUAUCGCGUUAAAUAGACAGGAUUAAAUUUAAUUAAAUUUAAACGCGAUUUUAAAAAUUGUGUUUUCUUUUUUUAAUUCAUAUUCGUAGAUGCUGUAUUUUGUGUUUAUGCGUUUUGUUUAUUGUAACUAUAUAAACAAGUAUAAAUGUCAGUAAAUAUUUAAAGAAGAAAAAGCAAAAAUACGAAGCAGAAAGAGUGCUAAUAAAAGGAGAAAUCAAAAUUACCCGCCAUGGGAAACGAGAGAUGGCAUAUCGAAUCGUAUGCAAUGAUAUAGAUGGUCGAAGAGGCAUCCGGGAGACUCGGUGUCAGCCAUAGUAGAAAUGGCGGGUGUUAGCUUACGUGAAUGACGGCGAUCGUGCUCGAGAUUAUCAUCGAAAAGCAAGUGUUCUGUGUGUGUUUCACGACACGGGAACGAUACCUUAGUAUCAUAUGAUUCAUCUGGAAGGUAAAGAUGCAGAAUGUAGCACAAGGAACAACCUCGGAUAGUCAGAAGCACGAGAAAUCAGCAAGCGUUCACCACGACAUUGGAAAGACGUCGUCGACUCCCCAGUCUUCGAAUUCCAGCCCUACCAAGUCAGAGACCGAAACCUUCUCCGAACUGCAGCCACGCUUUAUGGCAGACUCGUCGGAGAGCGAAGAGGACAGUGUUUCAGAGGUGGAGUGUUUCGCAAUUGAUCAGGUUGAAUUAGACGAAGGCCAUCAUUUAGAAUCAUCCAAGCUUCUGUUAACUUCAGAAGAUCCAGAGAGAUCUGUGGAUCCUGAAACUCAGGCUCGAUUAGAAUCAUUGUUGGAAGUAGCUGGUAUUGGCAAGUUGUCAUCAGGCGAUGGGAAGCACUUGCCUGAUCACGAAGUGCUCCGUCGCAUAACAUCUAGUGUUUCUUGUGCAUUAGAUGAAGCAGCAGCUGCAUUGACUCGUAUGCGCAGCGAUAAUCCACGCACACAAAACGAAAAGCGCUCUCUUGUAGAGGCUUGCACUGACGGGGACGUAGGUACUGUUAGAAAAUUAUUAACAGAAGGACGCAGUGUUCACGAGACUACAGAGGAGGGAGAGAGUUUGCUCUCUCUCGCCUGUUCAGCUGGAUAUUACGAACUUGCUCAGGUACUUUUGGCAAUGAGUGCAAACGUAGAGGAUCGUGGCAUAAAGGGGGAUUGUACCCCUUUAAUGGAGGCUGCCAGUGCAGGGCAUGUAGAUGUUGUAAGCUUGCUCAUUGCUCAUGGAGCUGAUGUUAAUGCUCAAUCUACUUCAGGUAAUACACCUCUUAUGUAUGGCUGUGCGGGUGGUCAUGAGGAGGUAGUGCGAGUAUUAUUAGAAGCAGGUGCCAAUGUUGAAGAUCACAAUGAAAAUGGUCAUACACCUUUAAUGGAAGCGGCUAGUGCUGGACAUGUUCCAGUAGCAAAGAUCUUGCUGGAACAUGGCGCUGGAAUUAAUACUCAUUCCAAUGAAUUUAAAGAAUCCGCGUUAACACUGGCUUGUUACAAAGGUCAUUUGGAAAUGGUUCGCUUCUUAUUAGAAGCUGGCGCAGAUCAGGAGCACAAAACUGAUGAAAUGCACACUGCCCUUAUGGAAGCAUCAAUGGAUGGUCAUGUAGAAGUAGCUCGUUUACUAUUAGAUUCGGGUGCACAGGUGAACAUGCCAACGGAUAGUUUUGAAUCUCCAUUAACAUUGGCUGCUUGUGGAGGUCACGUUGAUCUUGCUAUGCUCUUGAUCGAACGAGGAGCUAAUAUCGAAGAAGUAAAUGAUGAAGGUUAUACCCCGUUAAUGGAAGCAGCACGUGAAGGUCAUGAAGAAAUGGUUGCAUUGCUUUUGAGCCAAGGAGCAAACAUCAAUGCUCAAACUGAGGAAACUCAAGAAACAGCACUUACCUUGGCCUGUUGCGGUGGCUUUUUAGAAGUUGCUGAUUUCCUAAUUAAAGCAGGAGCUGACAUUGAAUUGGGUGCUUCUACUCCUUUGAUGGAAGCUGCGCAAGAAGGUCAUUUAGAACUCGUUCGUUAUUUACUUGAAUCUGCGGCAGAUGUUCAUGCUCAAACGCAAACGGGAGAUACUGCAUUAACUUAUGCUUGUGAAAAUGGUCAUACCGAUGUUGCGGAUCUCUUACUUCAGUUUGGUGCUAAUUUGGAGCAUCAAUCAGAAGGAGGAAGAACACCGUUGAUGAAGGCAUGUAGAGCUGGCCAUCUAUGUACAGUUCAGUUUCUUAUAACGAAACGUGCAGAUGUUAAUAGGCAAACAUCGAAUAACGAUCAUACUCCCCUCUCACUAGCUUGUGCUGGUGGACAUCUUGCGGUUGUAGAACUUUUACUUGCACAGUCUGCUAAUCCAUUUCAUAAACUGAAGGAUAAUUCUACGAUGUUGAUAGAAGCUGCGAAGGGUGGACAUACUAGUGUAGUUCAACUUCUGUUGGAUUACCCUCAUAGUAUUAUGAUGAGUACACCGCAUAAUGCAACACCUACACCUAUGUUGCUUCCGCAACAACAACAGCAGCAGCAGCAGCAGCAACAACAGCAGCAACAGCAACAACAGCAACAGCAGCAGCAGCAGCAGCAUAUUACACAUCAACAACAUGUGCCCCAUCAACAACAUGCAUCUACACAACCACAGUCAUACCAACAACAGCAACAGCAUGCUACAGAUCAACCGCAAACGCAAACUCUUCAACCUAAACACAAUACACAAAAAUCGUUGUUAAGAAAAAAUCGAUCGGUAACCAUGAUGUCCGACAUGAGUCUUACUUCUGCUGAGGCGCAACAAGUCCGUUCUCAGCCCGCAGGAGAAUCAAUUGUAACAACUAAAGACGAUACCAAUAUUCUGGAUAAAGGUAGUGGAGGAUUUACUAAUCUCUCAGAACCUAACAUCAGCCUUAGCCCUGCUCCAGCGCCAACAGCGGGGUUAAAUGUUUCUGACAGCCGAAAAAACACUCGACAAGAGCAAAUUCUACAUAAGCAACAAAUUUUCGAAGAAUUACAAAGGGUAGAAAGAGAACUUCAAAUUAAAGGUCCAGGACAUUGGUUCUGUAGUGCAAAGAAUCCUGUUGUAACUCAACAGCAACAACAGCAGCAAGAGGAUUCUAAUGAACCUGAUACAUUGUCAUCAGGUUUAGUUUGCAGUACAAGUGGCAUGUCCGGAAAUUCAUUAAGUCAUCAAGGCACCAGCCAGGCAAUGUCAUUGUAUAACGCAUUUCUCAGAGGGAAACGAAUUGCACAAGAAGCUCAGUUAUCUUUAGCUCCAACCAUAUCGGAAACUUUUCCCACGACAAAUGCUUUUCCUACAUCUCCACCUCUUUCCCUUGCGACAAUACCUGUUACAUCGUCCGUUCCAUUAGUUACUUCAAAUACAUCCUCAACAACUACACCAAGUCCUCCAAGCAUAUCCACGCCUCCUACCGUUAUGGCAGUUUCCCAACCCAUUACUGCGAGUAGUGAUGUUAGCCAAAAUACUGCUAUAAGCGAUCGUCCGAAAGCGAAACCUGUCUCUAAAAAAGAAGGUAAAAAUAUCCGGAAAGCUUCGUCUAGUGUAAUGGCUGGAAAGUUACAGCAACAGCAACAACAACAGCAACAGCAACAAGCUAAUUUGAUGGCUGGUCUUCAACAACAGUAUCAGCAAAAACAACGACAACAUACUUAUCAAGUUCAACAGGUACAUCAACUGCAGCAACUUAAUCAACAAUUGCAGUUACAGUUGGAUCAAGUACAGGUACAGCAACAACAACAACAGCAAUCACAACAGCAAGCUCAGCAGCAGCAGCAGCAGCAGCAGCAGCAGCACCAACAACAGCAGCCGCAACAACAACAAUCGCAGUCACAGCAACAAACUGGUGUAGUUACUGCUAAUGGAAAUAACAUACUUAUGCCAACUCAAUUAAUGUCACAUCUUCAUCCUACGCAUACCCAUCAUCUUCAUGAUCAGCAAACAACUCAACAAAAUGUAACGGAGCAGGCAGAUCCUGAAUUAGCAAGAUUACAUCGAGAUGGAGCUUGUCCCUUUGUUGCUGCUGCUCAAAAGGCAAAGGCUCUUUGUACAAGUGAAAGUGUUAUAAAAUUAGAGGAUGGCACGCAUAUUCCUUUGGAUGAUGCUUUUGAAAUUUUUCGAUCUAUUAGCUUUGACGAUACUGUUGAUGCUACAGAAGAUCAAGAAAAACUUGAAUUGAAAAGAUUAGAAGUGACAAAUGGUAAAGAUUCUCAACAGCCGCAACAGCAGCAACAGCAACAGCAGCAGCAGCAGCAACAACAGCAGCAACAGCAGCAGCAACAUUUACAAACUACACAAAUAGUUCAACAAGCAAAUAGUCCUUAUACUUCUCAAGAGUAUUUUACUAAUCCUGUGUUACCAACUUUGCCUUCGCUUCAAGUAACUAGUGCUGGUGUUCAAAUACAAGCUGAUAUAUCAGCAGGUUUACAGUUAACUGGUACGCAAUCUCUACAGAACCAAUCAUUUAAAGAGGGAUAUCUCGAUAGUUUUCGAGCCCAUUUUCAACCACAAUUGUUACUACAAUCCUCUCAGAUAACAUUUCCUACACAAGCUUUGCCAACUGUAAGCGAAGCAACAGGAAUAAUAGACAGUAUAUCCCAUCAAACGAAUAGUUAUGCUCAGUCUACAACCUGUAAUACUAAUCAAGUUCAAGUGGCUACUCAAACUCAAGCACCAGCAGCAACAACAGCAGCAACUAUCGUUGCUUCAGAUAAAAAACAAGUUUAUACAGCUCCAACGACCGGUAAAGGAAAAAAGGGAAGAUAUCCACUUUUAUCUCAACAACCAUCAUGUCAACAACAACAAACUGCCAAUACUCAACAGCAGACUCCUAAUUUUCCCAGUCAAAAUUAUCAAUUGGACCCAACGACAGUUGCUAGUCAAUAUACAACAGGUGUUCCAACGGUUGGUGGUUAUCCUACUAGUCAAGUACCGCCUACACCAUUCUCUUGUAUGGACGUGGAUUCUGAAACCGACAGUAAUCAUGAUACAGCUUUGACAUUGGCAUGUGCCGGCGGCCAUGAAGAGCUCGUUGAACUUUUGUUAAGUCGUGGUGCAGAUAUAGAGCAUAGAGAUAAAAAAGGAUUUACUCCGCUUAUAUUGGCAGCAACAGCAGGUCAUCAAAAAGUAGUAGAGAUUCUUUUGAAUCAUGGAGCUGAUAUAGAAGCUCAAUCUGAACGCACCAAGGAUACACCUUUAUCUCUUGCCUGCAGUGGUGGUAGAUAUGAAGUGGUAGAGCUUCUCCUUAAUCGGGGUGCUAACAAGGAACAUCGUAAUGUUUCUGAUUACACACCUUUGAGCCUUGCAGCAUCUGGUGGAUACGUUAACAUAAUAAAACUUCUCCUUAGUCAUGGUGCUGAAAUUAAUUCUCGGACUGGUUCCAAAUUAGGUAUUUCUCCACUUAUGCUUGCAGCUAUGAAUGGUCAUGUUGCGGCGGUGAAAUUAUUAUUAGACAUGGGCAGUGAUAUAAAUGCUCAAAUAGAGACUAAUCGUAAUACUGCGCUCACGUUGGCAUGCUUUCAAGGAAGACACGAGGUUGUUAGUCUUCUUCUCGAUCGAAAAGCUAACGUAGAACAUCGAGCUAAGACCGGUUUAACACCAUUAAUGGAAGCGGCUAGUGGAGGAUACGUCGAAGUUGGACGUGUUUUACUUACAAAAGGAGCGGAUGUUAAUGCUACUCCUGUUCCAUCAUCUCGUGAUACUGCCCUCACCAUUGCUGCUGAUAAAGGACACUGCCGUUUUGUAGAAUUAUUAUUGUCAAGAGGAACACAAGUAGAAGUGAAAAACAAGAAAGGAAAUAGUCCAUUAUGGUUAGCGGCGAAUGGUGGGCAUUUGAAUGUUGUUGAUUUAUUGUAUCAUGCUGGAGCAGAUAUCGAUUCGCAAGAUAAUCGAAAGGUUUCUUGUUUAAUGGCCGCUUUUCGUAAGGGACAUAUUAAAGUUGUUAAAUGGAUGGUAAAUCACGUUACCCAAUUUCCAAGUGAUCAAGAAAUGACGAGGUAUAUAGCUACCAUCAAUGACAAGGAUCUUUUAGAAAAAUGUCAGGAAUGUGUAAAAGUUAUUCGAGCAGCAAAAGAGACUCAAGCAGCGAAAGCAAACAAAAACGCAACGAUUUUAUUGGAAGAGCUUGAUAUGGAAAAAACGAGAGAGGAAUCGAAAAAAGCUGCGGCUGCUCGUAGAAGAGAACGAAAGAAAAAAAAGAAGCUUGAAAAGAAAGAAGAGAAACGAAAAUUGCAUGAAGAAUAUAAGAAAAAUGAAACAAACUACGAAGAUAAAGAGGAAAAUGGCAAAAAAUCUGGGGAUGAGGAGUGCGAUAGAGCGGAUGAUAGUGAACAUGAAACCGGUGACAGUUGUGAAAGAAUGGACAGUAUGCCAUCGCCAGUUAACAGAAGUCCAGAAGAUCCUUAUCGAGAGGAAGGCGAUAGCGGAAUCGAUGCGAAUAGUCAAGGUAGCUGUAGUAGUAACGACGUUAAAGCUAGAGAGAAAAAAAAAGAGAAAAAGAAAAAGAAGACUAAUAGUCCAACCAACAAUGAAAAAGACACGUCUCCUCAAAGAUCUCCAAAGUCUGUUGUUACGCAAGGCACUACUUUGUCGCAAAAUUCUAUUACACCUACAAAAUCCCAAAAUAAUACAACCGAAAAAAGAAUUAUGAUCAGUGUUUCUAAUACGGUAUCCGUAUCCACAACUUCUGCUACAAUGAGUUCUAGGUCUUCGACUGUGAACUGUGGUGAACGUAAGUUGAAAGGUCAACUAGUAUUUGAAUCAUCGAGACAUCCUGCUGAUAGAGAAGACUUUGAAGCAACCGGCAAUGAGACGUAUAUGCCUGGUAAGGGCAAGAAAUCUUAUAGUAAUCAAUAUGAUGGCGACGCCUUGAAUACUUCCACAAAGAUAAGCAACACAACCAGUCCUAAGCAAGGUGGCAAGCGCGAAGAAGGCUGGAAAGAGGUUGUACGAAAGGGACAGUCUGAUGAUUCCGGAAGAUUUAUGAAUUCACCAUUCCGUUCGAAAAAAGUAUCUGUUCCGCCAAAUGCUAUUAGUCGAGUUAUUGGAAGAGGUGGAAGUAAUAUAAAUGCUAUUAGAGGCGCAACAGGAGCACAUAUUGAAGUCGAAAAACAAAGCAAAUGCCAAGGCGAACGAAUCAUUACCAUUAAAGGCUCGUCUGAUGCGACAAAACAGGCUCAUACAUUAAUAGCUGCUCUCAUUAAAGAUCCAGAUGUUGAUAUAUUGCAAAUGCUUCCAAAAUCGAAACUCACGGUGGUUACGACUUCUUCUUGGGAUAAAACUGUAUCUACUGUAGCUUCGAGUAAAGCAAAGUUGGGUCCUGUAAAUAAACCUCCAAGUCUAACAUCUAGUUCCAGUAGUACGCAAAUUAAUAAAUCUAGUUACACAUCCGGAGUUUCUACAGUUAAUCAAUUGAUUCCACUUCGAUCAUCAUCCACCAUUAAACUCGCUGGACCAUUUCCGACACCUUUACCACGCGCGACAGCACCUCGACUUGUGGCUGCAGCUGAAAAGCGAGCACAAGCUGUAGCCGCCCAAAUGGCUUCUUCAUCGAACACGAAGACAACAAUGUCAUAUACGAGUGCAAUUAUGACUGCUGGACGAGCAACAAAGAUUGUAACGACGAGUACCACACAAACGUUUGCAGCGAAAUUAUCUGAAAUCACUGCCUCAACGCAUACAUCUACUACCGUCAUGCAGUCGACUCAUACUACGGUAAACAAGCAAAAAUCGUUGCAAGCAAAUACAGUGACUGUUGUAUCAGCUACAGCCGCGGCAAUGGCUCAGACUUCGUCUCAACAGUCUGCAAUCAAUACAUCGCCAAAACACUGCCGACCACUGCCUACUUUAUCUGCUCCGCCAACUAUGGUCUCCCAUUAUUCCGGAAAGUCUACUUAUUCUCCCGGUUCAAACGCAGCAGUAUCACCGGCAACGAGCACUGUGGCAUACUGCUCAGAAAGUACGGUUACUUCAACUUGUUCAAACUCCUCGAUACGAGUCAGUCCGUCGCCUCCGAUAUCAUCGCAGUGUCAACAACAAUUACAACAGCAACAACAGCAAUCACGUAGUCCACCACCUGUUGCAUCGGUAAUUCAAGAGCAACAACAGCAGCAACAGCAACAACAGCAGCAGCAGCAGCAACAACAGCAGCAGCAGCAGCAGCAACAACAACAACAACAACAACAUACAAAUAAUACGCCCCUCGAAUAUUCGCUGUUCAACGACACCUUUACGAAGGUUACACAACAAUCGAUGUGGGGUGGUCGGGAAAACGAAUCUCAGAAGGGUAUGAAUUUCGCGACCGUAGCUGGAGGUGGUGGAGUGUCAGUAAACAUUUCGGGUUCAUCAUCGUCUAAAUUCAUCGACAGUGUACCUCCUCAGGUGGAUGCUUCGAAAGCUCCUGGAUACCGAGGGACAACUAUGUGUUCUCCCGUUUCGAGUAAAUCUAACAAUACAACCAACACGAACGCGACUAGCAUAGGAAGUGGUGGUGUAUCGUCGAAUGCCAGCCAUAAUCCUAUUCAACUACCGCAGUUUCAAUCGUCCGGAAAUUACAGUGAACAUCCUCUUUCAAACAAACCACCAGGUAGCUUGGCUGUAGCACGACCGGUGAUUCCUCAACAGAAUAUGGAAAUGGGAGCAGCUAUGGGAGCUCAAUUCAGUAGGCCAGUAUUUCAAGGGGAAUUGACGGGAACUCGUAAUUCGACUACCCAUCAGCCGCACGUGAUAGUUUCUACAUCGCAACCAACGUUGGACGUUAGUUUAUUUAAAGGGAAUAGCAUUGGCUAUGAGCAUCCAAACGUAAAUUCAAGUUUACUAAAGAUGGUACCGAACGAAGGGCAGGGCCAUCCGCUUUUACCUUUUCAUCCGCAUAUGCAGAAUUUUACACAAACAAUAGCACCAUCUGCUUCAGUGAACACAACCGUCAGUAUGUCCAGAUUAAACCCCAGAGCGCCUGAUUUUUCUAGUUCGUUACAUUUGAAUAGCAAGCCUCAAGUGACAAUGUUUAACGCGGGUUCGGCGGCGGCGGGGAUGCAUCCGAAUAUGUUCGCCACUGUACCGCCACCUCCUCCGUCCGCGAUUCAGUCCAACAACCUAGCAAUGCUUGGGAAUUUUCCUUUAGGAAAAUAUCAGGCACCAUCUCGAGCCACUCCCGGCAAUACUGGAAUCUCGACUAACGGGCAGACACGUUGGCCGUUUGCUCCGCCGCACAAUAACUACCCGCCUCAUCAAGAUCCAAUGAUAGGCCAGAUUGGUUUCUCCAAUCACUUGGCGAACAUAACCGCACAACCUGGAAGCAUCGAUUUGAUUACAAGUCUCGAGAAUGGCGGUUCACCUGCUAUAUCACCUUCUUCACCGGCGCAAGUAGCGCAAGAGAUGAAUCAGCUGAAGAUCGAAGAUCGUAAGGUACCGCGACCGAUCGGUACGGAAAGAGCCUGGAAGAAUUAUGCAACAGCUGGCAUGGGACCCGGUGGUGAUGCCGAUUCCAUCAAUUGGAUGUUGAAUAACGAAAAGCUCGUCGGGUCUUGGGCAAGUUUAGCACCUGGCAUAGAUCGACAUCAAAUGUUUCGAUCUAAUGCUACUUACAACCGUAUAUCGAACGUUGAUGCUGAACUCCAUCAUAUGAUGGAAUCUUCAUUUCAGGGUCAUGUUGAUACUCAGCAACAACCUUUUCCUAACGGGAACGCGACGACUUUGCCUCUUAUGCCAGGAUUAACAUUACUACCGGGACAGUUUGGAACACCUACAUUGACAGAAAUUCCUCCAAACGAAGCAAAUAAAAUAGAUGCACCAGCAUGGGGAAUACCAGAUACUGUGCAAGACAAGCAACAUCCGGCAUGGAAUAAAUGGACCCAUUAAAAAGAAAGAAAAAAAAACAGAAAGGAGAAGAAAUUCUUACCUGGAUGAUAUAAAAUAAAACCUGGAAUUCGAAGUAGUAAAUAGAUGUAACUGGAAUACGAAGCAUUGUUUUUAGAUACUUGAAUUGCAUUACUAUCCUAAUUGUAUCCAUUACAACACAGAUUCGAAUUAUUUGUCAUGUUAGGUAAUAAGGCGAGUAAAUCCUUACAACUUAUUACUGUUUGUCUAGUAUAAUCAUGCAAUACAAAUAAUUAUUGAAUACGAUACGGAAAAUGUUGAAGAAAAAAAGAAGAAGAAAAAGAUAGUCAAAUGAAAUCGAAACAGACUAACAAAAGAUGUUUGUUACUUGUUUCUAAUUUCGUUUCUGAUCGUAUUUCGACCACGUUACUUCUGUACUCCAGGAUCAUUCUCAAAUUUUUGUCACGAUCGAGAGAUAUAUCGAGAACAGUUUACGAUCUUCCUAUGCUGAUCGUUACCGCGUGGUGGAUCGAUUUGUCCAAGUUUACGAGACUCAAACUUUACGAUAUUUGAUAGACAUUCGUCAUAAUAAAUUCAGAUACGCAUACGAUAAUUACAUCAGCUUUCGCUUCAUCCGUAGCAGUUCUCGAAUUAAAACCUUUUAUCCUUUUCUGUUCCUUGGAUUUCAUGUAUCGAAUUAAAAAGAAAAAAAAGCUUCAUUUCAAGUGUCCUACAUGCGUGCGAAAAUAAAGGCUUCGAUUUGCCACAGGGAUAGCCGAAUAAUAUUAUGUUAAUUAAAUGAUACAUAUUAAUAACAAUAAUAAUAUUAUUAUUGUCGUAUCAAAAUGAGUUAUUUUUGUCUUUGGUUGGGUAAUACAUACUAUGGUAUCAAAGAAAACAACCGAAGAAGAGGAAACGAAAAACAGAGAAAUUACUUUCACCACUAUACGAUACAAUUUUCCUUUUCUUUUCUUCUCUAUUACUAUUAUUCUCUACUACUCGUAUUAAAUCGCUAUGUCUCUUUCUCUCUUCCUCCUCCCUUUCUUUUAAUCCAUUUAUUUUCUUUUUCUUUUCCUUUGAACAUUCCUGCCUACAAUUAUCACCUAGUAUUGAAAAGAGAAAAAAAGAAAAGGAAAAGGAUAAGCAAACCGAAUGAAAUAUUAUAUGAAACGUGUAAUUUGCAAAGCACUUUUAUGAUUACUAACAGUAAUCACGCACCGGAAGUUCCGUUCUGUGCGUCGACGUACAUACGUAUAUAAAUACGAUCACUACUUUUGCAUUUUGUCUCAUUUCUCUCUUUAUUCUUUCUUCCUAAUCUUUUGUUUUUUUUUUUUUUAUUUUUUAU